GCGUCGCUCUUCUUCCUAACUCUGUUCUAGAGUUUCUCUAAAUCACCGCAAGUUAUUAUGUCUACACAGAUCGAUCUUCUCAAACGAUGCCGAGAGCCAUCACGGGUCAUGUGUUGAUAAUGAAACCCCGCAAAGCUUUCAGAUCAUGGCCACAGCGGACUGUGUGGAUUCUGACGGCAAACAGUUUGGCAGGACGAGAUCGGAGUCGAAGCGGUUGGAACCUUGGAAGCGACACAUUAUUGGACAGCUAAAACAUCGCGACCAGGCGCAGAAGAUCCGAUUCCAAGAUUUGAUCUGCUCAUAUCUUAACUUACUUGAACACUGCACACGAAAUACUCUCAUUGCCAAAGGCCUGUUCUCUUUCCCCAGGUUGCACUCAUCAUUUAAAGAUGUCUCAUCCCUGAAGACGUCCACUGGUGAGCUUGCUUACCAAGUAGUGGAGCUGCAACAGAAGAUAAAAAUCAAGAAUGCAUUUCUUGAUGAGCAACAAAUCAAGGUUGCGGUGGGUACAAUUCAUCAAGCAUAAGGUAGAAAACACCCUGGACAGGUUGGCCAAUCCAUCACAGGGCACACACAGGGCAAUUAUGGUAUCUCCAAUUAACCUGACUACAUGUCUUUGUUCUGUGGGAGGAAACCAGAGCUCUCAGAGGAAACCUGGGAUUCGAACCCAGGACCUUCUUCCUGUGAGGCAACAGUGCUACCCAUUGAGCCACUGUGCCACACUAGAUUUUUUUUAGCUGCUUUAAAACAAAGCAUAAUCACAGUUACAUGGAUUUUGUGUUUAUAUCAGGUUUUCACUCUGUUUUAGGUUGUGCGAGACUGAGAAUGAACUCAGCACUGCACAAUUAAAGCGUGAUUUGCUGCUGGCUGAUGUAGAGGAGUUAACGGAAACAAAC